AGUGACGACCAUUGACAUUUGUAAGGAAGGCGGAAAUAAACAAUUGUCCAAGUCCAAGGAGUUGGGAGAAAUGGACAGUAAGCUCGAAUGCAAAAGCCAAAGUUGUUGGGAUUACAGCACACUUUCAAAGGAAGACAUGGAAAGCCUAUGGUUCAAGAAGCAAGAGGCUAGCAUCAAAAGGGACCGAAUGAUGAAGUACUCAUUUUCACACCGGGAGAGGCGAAACACUCAUGUACUGGAAGAAUCAAUAGCCAAGAAUGAACCUGAUAAACAGAGACACUGGCUGGAAGAAUUGGCGAACAAAGAUGCAUUGGCUAGAGAACGGAUAGAGAAUCUGAAAGCAAGUGACAUAUUUGGUACAACACAAGUGAAAAUGAGUUCACGGAAACAAGAUAACAUAGAAGCAUUGAGUUCACCAGUGUCAUUUCCAAGAAGAUCAUUUUGUCGGACACAACGGAAUACUACAGGAGAUGACAGUUCUGCACUGAAUUCUCCUGUUUUCCCAACUUACAUGGCUGCAACAGAAUCUGCAAAGGCAAAGGCAAGGUCGAUGAGCACAUCGAGGCAACGAAUAGGAAUUCAGGAUCAUUUUCUCAUUGACAGCUUAUCAUACAAAAGUGGACUUUCUAUUUGGUCUUCUUAUAACAGUGAAUGGUUCGGAAACAGUAGCGAAGCUGCUCAGCGCGUUCCUAUAAGCGUAAAUCGCCAUUAUUGAUGAGAUGCCUGGCUUGCUUCUCAACAAAAUUAAUACCAA